GCCUCCCUGCACUCCUCCCCCUCGCUCUCCCGCCCUGACGGCAUGCACACACAAUACUGUGCUGUCUCCGUUCCAGGGAGGAUAUCAGCCCUGCACAGGGAGGAGAGGAUUAGCACGGCCGCUCAGCUCAUCUGCAUACGCGUUCCCAGAGAAGCACAUGAGCACCCGGAGCUGCACCUCUUUUGUAUAAAACCUGGCACUCCGAUUACAGAGGCUCCACUUCAUCUACUGUCACUGCUGUGAGAGGAUUCAAUAAGGACCACCAUUUUUUCCCCUCCUUUUCGGAUUCUUUUGCACUAUUUUCAGGAUCUCUUCUAUAUCAUUUAAAUCUGCCAUUUGUUGUCUGUGAUGCCUCUAUUCAAUUGGGACAAUGCGAGUUAUAUCAUUUGAUAUAGUCUCGCUCUGAGCAUCGCACAGUUUUCCUCUCCUUUUUUGGGGACUUUUCCACUGAGGUUGUUUCCCUCAUCUGGCUCGGUGGGACUGUGAGCGCCAGAAUGCCGUCUAAAGAGUCCUAUGAGGUGCACAAGGCAGAGAAGUCCCUCGUGCAGAAGGCCAAGCGAGAGGCCAAUCAGGAGGACAUUCUGGCAGCAGCUCUGGGGAUGAGGAUGGGGCCGCAGAAACCUCCAGCCACUUUUUGGCAGCCGCUUAAACUGUUUGCCUACUCACAGCUCACCUCACUGGUUCGCAGAGCCACGCUGAAGGAGAGCGAGCGGACACCCAAAUCCGAGAAAGUCCACAACUUCAAGGUCCAUACCUUCCGAGGGCCUCACUGGUGUGAACAUUGUGCCAGUUUCAUGUGGGGACUGAUGGCUCAGGGCGUCAAAUGUGCAGAUUGUGGUUUAAACGUCCACAAACAAUGUUCCCCUCUGGUGCCGAACGACUGCAAACCAGACCUGAGACACAUCCGUAAAGUCUACAGCUGUGACCUCACCACCCUGGUGAACGCUUACAACACAGCGCGGCCCAUGGUGGUGGACAUGUGCAUACGAGAGAUCGAGUCCAGAGGACUGAAGUCUGAAGGCCUCUACAGAAUAUCUGGAUUCAGUGAUUUGCUGGAGGAAGUCAAGGUGGCGUUUGACAAAGAUGGCGAGAAGACAGACAUCUCAGUGGAGGCCUAUGAAGACAUCAAUAUCAUCACCGGUGCUCUGAAACUUUACCUCAGGGAUUUGCCGGAUCCGAUCAUCUCAUACGACGCUUACCCCAGGUUCAUCGAGGCUGCGAAGCUCACAGACCCGGACAAGAAGUUGGAAGCCUUCCGUGAGGCUCUCGCUUUGCUGCCGCCGUCACACAGUGAAACUUUAAAGUACCUCAUGGCGCACUUAAAAAGGGUGACACAGAAUGAGAAAUUCAACCUGAUGAACGCAGAGAACCUCGCCAUCGUUUUCGGGCCCACCCUCAUGCGCGCACCCAACCUGGACGCCAUAACGGCCCUCAACGACAUCCGCCACCAGAGACAGGUGGUGGAGGUGCUCAUCAAAAAGGAAGACGUGCUCUUCUGAGCACAGAUCAGGACUUUUAUAGAAUGACUAUCUGAGGAUUAUUUUGUGUAAAGACUUGAAUGACUGUUUGUAUUACAUUGAUUGGUACAUUUUUGAAAUGCCCUUUGUAUGGACGAGUGCUGCCCUAACGUCUCUCCUCCCCUGUAUCGGGUGUGGGCCGUGAACUUUACAAUUUGGAGUACUUUUAUGUCUCCCCAUUUUUGUCGGGGGAUUUUCGGAGGCUGACAGGCCAGCGUGCAUGCUGCAAGGUCUUCGUUGCUUUGUAGUCGUAACCCAGCAUGUGUUAAGAUCGUGUAGUGCUGAGAUUUGGCUUUUUGUCUGUUUUGUAGUAGUUAAAGUCCACAUUCCUAGCUGCCUGCUGUGCAUUUUUUCUUUUUCUGUCACACAUUGUAUAGCUGAGUGUAAGAAUAUGCUACUGAUAUUUCUGGGGUAAUGUCUAUGAUGCUGUGAUUCUUUUUGAUCUCCUCAACUGUUUUUAUGUGACCUGGAUACCUGUAGUUGAAUGCGCCUUUCUUAUUAACAUGUACGGACUGCUGUAUUUGCCUCACCGUAACAUUUGUGAAUUUAAAUUUUGUAUUGUAAUGUUUUUGUACGCAACUUGUGCAUGAUCACUUUAAUUUAUUAAACCUUACUCUGAGACAUGA